ACGCAGAGGAGACCUGAAGUAGCUUUGCGCCUGAACAACUUUGCGCAGCGACUGCAGCCAAAUGCAUCCCAGUCCAGCUCUUUCCAAAGCCACGCUUGGACCUUUAAUUUGACCUUAAAUCGUGUCUUAUAGUUGAAUGGGAUCUUUUAAAUCAGCGCUGAUGUGAUAUCCAAAAUCUGGAGCCAUGUCUGCCGCUCAAGGACUCCUCAACAGCGUCUUCUCCUGCUCCUCUCCUGCCUCCAAAGCCAUAACCAAGCGGAGGCUACGCCAAACCCGGAGCUUGGACCCCGCUAUUAUUAGACACUGCGACGCCGGGAGUGAAGGAGUGAGCGGCGCAUCGCUGUCUGCACCGGCAGCCGCGGAUACAGGUGCGUCCUCGGAGCGCUUGGCUGGGAAAGCGUCUUUACGCACGAAGAUCCCGACUCUUAAAGAGCCAAUAUCGCCGUCUAUAUCGUCUCCUUCGAUACCUUUGGAUGUUUCUCCAUCAUCAAACUUCAGCUUUGACUACGAUUUUGGGAAGCGCGCGAAAAGGAAUACAGCGGGGGAUUUACCGUUUCUGGUGCGUGGGUCCAGUGCGGCGCAGUCCGGGAGCACGGGCACGCUGUUCUCUCCGCGGAGGUGGCUCCAGAAGAAAGCGCAGCCGUCCAGCUCUCACGCUUAUGUUGUGUGGAAAUCAGAGGGUGAUUUCACCUGGAGCAGUCUGUCGGGGCGGAGCGUGCGUCUAACACCUGUCGCCAUCCAGAGCCUGUCGGAGCUGGAGAGGGCCAAGCUGCAGGAAGUAGCCUACACUCGUUUACACCAGGACUAUGACCUUGGAUGUCAGAUAACCAUCCCUAAAGAUGGACAGAAGAGGAAAAAGUCGCUGAGGAGGAAGUUGGACUCGCUUGCAAAAGAGAAGAGUAAAGACAAAGAAUGCAUUCCCCAGGCCUUUGGCAUCCCCCUCUCCCAGGUCAUCGCCAAUGACAGGACGCACAGGCAGCGCCAGGAUGGCUACCGCCACGACCCGCCACCACGUGAGGAGCACAAGGACCCCUCAGAUCUCGUCUCAUCCAUCAUACAGUUCGCCACUAAGAGGCCGUCCAAUAAGGAACUAUCCAGUAGUAACUCCUCUCUGAGCUCCACAUCAGAGACAGCCAACGAGUCAACGUCGCCCAACACACCUGAGGCUGCGCCAAGAGCACGCCGGAGGGGUGGCAUGUCCGUAGACUCCAUCACAGACCUGGAUGACAACCAGUCCCGCCUGCUCGAAGCCCUGCAGCUUUCCCUGCCGGCUGAGACGCCGAGUAAGAAGGAGAAGCACCGGGACAAGAGGCUGAGCCUCAAUCCCAUCUACAGGCAGGUGCCGCGGGUUAUCGACAGCUGCUGCCAGCACAUCGAGAAAUACGGUUUGCAGACUGUGGGGAUCUUCAGGGUGGGAAGCUCCAAGAAGAGAGUCCGACAGCUGCGUGAGGAGUUUGACCGUGGCAUCGACGUCCAGCUGGAGGAGGAGCACAGCAUCCACGAUGUGGCGGCUCUGCUGAAGGAGUUCCUCAGGGACAUGCCCGACCCUCUUCUGACUAAGGAGCUCUACACGGCCUUCAUCAACACCACAUUGUUGGAUCACGAUGAGCAGCAGGCCGUCACUCAGCUGCUGGUUUACCUGCUCCCAGCAUGCAACAGCGACACCCUCCAUCGUCUCCUGGAGUUCCUGUCCACCGUGACCGACCAUGCACAAGAUCGGCAGGACAAAGACGGACAAGAGAUUACCGGCAACAAGAUGACAUCUUUGAACCUGGCCACCAUCUUCGGCCCCAACCUCCUCCACAAGCAGAAGAGCUCGGACAAAGAGUUCAGCGUCCAGAGCACGGCGCGAGCCGAGGAGAGCACGGCCGUCAUCGCCGUGCUGCAGAGGAUGAUCGCCAGCUACCAAACCCUUUUCAUGGUGCCUCCUGAUCUGCAGAAUGAAGUCUUGAUGAGCCUGUUGGAGACUGAUCCAGACGUGGUGGACUACCUUCUGAGAAGAAAAGCCUCUCAGAGUCCUGACAUGCUGCAGACAGAAGAGCCCUUCAGCCUGAGCGAGCGCCGCUCCUCCAGCGACUCAAACAAGGCGUCCAGCGGUGAGGUGUCACCUUAUGACAACAACUCGCCGGUUCUGAGUGAGCGGAGGGGAGAAGCAGGAAGCCCGGGCAGCGAGCAGCUCUAUCGCGUCCCAGAACACUUAAAUUUGCCUGGAGCGGACACUUGGGGUACUAAAGACUCUAUAUCAGAGGAGCAUGCCAACAUAUGGGGGACGUGGCACUCCACACUAAAACCAGCACUUAAAGACCAACCAUACACAGGGUCACAUGGGAACAUGUCCGAGGGAAGCUCCCGCAGCUCCCAAGAAGGUCUUGAUGGACUCCACGGCGACGGCAGGCAGCAGACGACGCUACAAGGAACUCAGACAUCGCCUGGCAUCAGUGACUUAAGACCCCAUCCGCCGGUCACCAGGGUGUGUACCAGCCCUAACGUCGGGUCGGGACGGCCUCGCCUCCAGCUCAGCAUCAACCCAUCUGCGACAUCACACCUCAACAGCACGCAUCGAGCAGGCGGACACGGGAGUAACCCAUUGAGAUCUCAAAGUGGAGUGAACAGUGGUGAUGGUUGUCCCAACGACAGCCGCUGUCCUCCCCCUUACAACGCCCACCAUCGACUGGCUAGCACGCAGAGUUCGCCUCAGCUAGCGACAGGUCAGCAGGCCCCCGUGCAGCACGGGAGGAUCAGUGCGGCGCAGAGUAACUCAGCCUCGACGACGGAUGCCCAAAUCGUGCCGCAUACGCCGGAGUGGCAGGACUGGCAGAGGGACCGGUGGCAGAUCUGGCAGCUGCUUUCCUCGGACAAUGCUGACGCUCUGCCUGAAACUCUGGUGUGAGAUCAGACCUUAACCCCUGGACAGAUUCUGCUCUGCUAACCAACCAUUGAUCAUUUCUACGCAGCGGCCAUUCUCUCAGUUGGGAGCUCAUAUGCUGUUGAUUUGUUGUUCUUUUUUCCAGGUUGCUAAUCAUGAAUAAAUGCAGGGAAUUUGACAUUCUAUCGAAUGUUGGACUAGCAAAUUAAAAGACCAUUGGUAUGGAAACAUGGAGGGAAAUAAGGCUGCAUUUCAAGGCUAAACAAUAACCUACAGAAUGAGACAACAGUUGACACUAGCAUUCAAUAACAUGGCAGGACAGGCACAUGGAAAACAGCAACUCAGCUAGCCAACAGUAUCAUACAACACAAUAUAUAAUUCAGUAUAAGUGACAGCAUAAAUAUUCACCUCUUCAGGUCAGUAUUUCGAAGAGCCACCUUUAGUUGCAGUCACAGCACUGAGUCUGAGACUUCCAGGGCCGGCUUCUGAGAAACACCCCCACAGCAUGAUGCUGCCACCACCAUGCUUCACAGUAGGGAUGGUGAGUUUGUCAGGAUGUGCCAAACAUAGUGUCUUGUCUGAUGGCUUUAAAGAAUCAUUUUGGUCUGAUCAGGCCAAAGAACUUUCUUCCACAGACUGUGAAGUCUCGUCGAGAUCUGAAACAAGUUUUCUUCCACAGUGGCUUUCUCUUUGCCACUUUCCCAUAAAGCUUUGACUGGUGAAAACCUGCCAACAGCUGUUGGAUGCCUGGCGUGAUCUAGGCAGGUUUGCAUAUGUGCCAUAUUCCUUCCAUCUCUUGAUGAUGGAUUUUACUGAAGUCUAGGCGAUGUUCAGAGCCUUGGCUUGACUCCUGAAUUCUACUUUUCAGUCACCGUUUCUCUGAGAUGCUUGGAGUGUUCUUUUGUCUUCAUGGUGUAAUGGUAGCAAGGAAUACUGGCUAACUUAUGUUGCUCUGAGGAUUUUCUUAGUAAUUUCUUUUUGCCAAUAAAGCCAAAUUAUAUUGACCAUGAUUGAUUUAUAAGAUCAGAGGGUAACCCCAAUUUCCAUAUACAGACUUAUACUGGAAAGGAUGAUAAAUUAACCCCAAAAGGUAAA